AUGGAUCAGAACGGCGGCUUCUACGGCGGCCCGCCGCUCAUGAACCCCCCGCCGCGCAUGUUUGGCAACCUGAACGCGAAUGGCUCGCCCAUUCCCGCAUCGCUCGCUGCGAGUAUGUUCUCCGCCGACGACCUGGACGACGGCCACGACCAGGGCGACCCCAAGAGGCGGCGGAUCGCAAGGGCAUGCGACAUGUGUCGCAAGAAGAAGAUCAAGUGCGACGGCAAGAUGCCCGCCUGCACCCAUUGCCUGAAUUAUAAAACCGAGUGCAUCUUCACACAAGUCGAGAAGAAGCGCCAACCGCCGAAGGGCGCCAAAUACAUCGAAGGCCUCGAGAACCGCCUCGCUCGGAUGGAGUCGCUAAUGCGCCUCUCGGGCGUGCUCCCCGAAGAUGACGACGGCAGCACUGACCUCGCAACCUUGGAGAGACGUUUAGCAGACCGGGCUGGGCAGAGCGGGACACCAAAGGCACCAAGCCCGCAGGAGAGGAGGGCGUCUUCAGUACACGCAUCGACGGAACAGCCGGAAGGAACACCCGCACAGCCAGGUCUACCCAGUCCACGAAGUGGCACAACGUCGCCAGAGCCGCAACAGCAGAACGGCAACAGCAAGCGCGGACAGGACGAGGAUGCGCUCGCUGAGAUGAUGUGUUCACUGGUCACAAACAACUGCGGAGAGACGCGGUAUAUCGGAUCAUCAUCGGGCUUCUCUAUCUUUUCGCCAAAGGGAAUACAAUGGGUCAACGAAAAGACUGGCGACGACUCCUUCCAGGACAUGAUCUCGACCUCUGCCGUAGAGGACAACAAGUGGAUACAAUGGCGACCAGACGUUUUUCAGGACAUCUUCAAGCGGCGAGUCUACCGGCAACUUCCGCCCAAGGCCGAGGCCCUUUCUCUACUGAAAGACUACUUUGAAAACUUCAAUUGCAUGUUUCCGUUGUUCCACGAACCCACUUUUAUGCACCUAGUCGACAAGCACUAUUCGAAGGACCCGUAUGAGGGAUCGGGAUGGUGGGCUAGCUUGAAUGUUGCAUUGGCUUUUGCGCAUCGCCUAAGAGUCAUGAGCAACCUAGUGCCUCAGGAGGAAGACGAGAAGGCAUGGCAAUAUCUCAAGAACGCUAUGAGUGUCCAGGUAGAGUUGACGAUGCGCAACACCGACCUCCUCAGUGUACAAGCUCUGCUUGGAAUUGGGCUUUUCCUCCUCGGCACACCUAAUCCCCAGCCGACGUACUUCUUCGUGGCAGCCGCUAUUCGAUUAUCGCACAGUAUCGGACUGCAUAAGAAGGGGGCAGGCUUCAACCUGAACUCGUCGGAAGUCGAACAACGAAAACGAGUGUUCUGGAUCGCGUAUAUGCUUGAUAGAGAUAUUUGCUUGCGUUCUGGUCGGCCACCUAUCCAGGAUGACGACGAUAUGAAUGUCGAGCUCCCCAACGAGGAUCCACCGGACAACAUUGGCAACAUUCCUCUAGCUGACGGUAAAGGCAAGCUAAAUCUAUUCCGCCUGAUGUGUACCUUUUCCAUCAUCCAGAGUCACGUAUACAAGCGAUUGUACUCCGUAAAAGCGACAAAACAAACCGACGGCGAACUCCUCAACACCAUUGGGGAGCUAGAUAAGGAACUGGAAACGUGGAAAGACGAGAUCCCGCUCGAGUUCCGACCGGAACACGACAUCAAAGCCUCGCAUACUCCCCUAAUCCUACAGGUCGCUGUUCUCCAUCUAGGUUACUACAACUGCCUCACCACCAUCCACCGCAUGAGCGUUCACCACGGCUACUGGACGAGUCGACUCUCCAACUUUGCCAUUCAAGGUCUCAACGCACGGCCCUUGAACCCUCGUGUGUUCAUGUCGGCCCAGCUCUGCGUACAGGCAGCAAGAGCAUCGAUACACCUUCUCAAAUACAUUCCGAAGGGGGACCAGUCCUGCGUCUGGCUUAUUAUAUACUUUCCGGUUACUGCGCUCGUCACGCUCUUCGCGAACAUCUUACAGAACCCGCAAGAUACGCGCUCAAGAUCGGAUCUCAAGCUCAUGAAGCUUGUCGUCAGCUUCCUCAGUUUGGUCAAAAACGAGCAAGGCAACGGAAGCGUGAAGCGCAUGUUGAGCGUAUGCACCGAGUUCGAGCGCAUAGCCACCAUCGUCCUGGACAAGGCCGACCGCGAGCACACCUCCCGCCGGAAGCGAAAGCAGGGCGACAGCGAACAGGACGCCGAGAUCGCCGCUACCGAGCGCGAACUGCUCUCCACAAGUCGAAACGGCCCGCAAUCGCCCCCACAGACAAAUGCAAGCCCCAACCGACCCCGCAGCAGGAUCAAAUGA